CGCAGAGCCCCAAGAUGGCUGACACAGCGUCGGGGGGCUCCGGCACGCGGGCGGGCAGCAAGCAGGCGGGCACUCCUGCGGACAAUUACCACCUGGCACGGCGCCGGACGCUGCAGGUGGUGGUCAGCUCGCUGCUGACUGAGGCCGGCUUCGAGAGCGCCGAGAAAGCCGCGGUGGAGACGCUCACCGAGAUGAUCCAGAGCUAUAUUUCAGAAAUUGGGAGGAGUGCCAAGUCCUACUGUGAGCACACAGCCAGGACCCAGCCCACGCUCUCGGACAUCGUGGUGACCCUCGUGGAAAUGGGGUUCAACGUGGAAACUCUUCCUGCUUAUGCCAAGCGUUCCCAGAGGAUGGUGAUCACUGCCCCUCCGGUGACAAACCAGCCCGUGACCCCCAAAGCCCUGACAGCUGGGCAGAACAAGCCUCAUCCACCCCACAUUCCCGGCCAUUUCCCAGAGUUCCCAGAUCCUCACACCUACAUCAAGACACCAACCUACCGGGAGCCGGUGUCCGACUACCAGGUGCUGCGGGAAAAGGCGGCUUCCCAACGGAGGGACGUGGAAAGGGCCCUCACACGCUUCAUGGCCAAGACAGGAGAGACCCAGAGCCUCUUCAAGGAUGAUGUCAGCACAUUCCCACUGAUUGCUGCCAGGCCUUUCACCGUGCCCUACCUGACAGCUCUGCUCCCCUCCGAGCUGGAAAUGCAGCAGAUGGAGGAGACGGAUUCCUCAGAGCAGGACGAGCAGACGGACACCGAGAACCUCCCGCUGCACAUGGGCACGGAUGAUGCAGGACCUGAGAAGGAGAACACCUCAGUGCUGCAGCAGAACAGCUCCCUGUCAGGCAGCAGGAAUGGGGAGGAGAACGUCAUCGACAAUCCCUACCUGCGGCCCGUGAAGAAACCCAAAAUCCGCAGGAAGAAGUGAGGAGGGACCUGAAAUUCCUUUGGCUGCUCCGAGAAACACACAGGGGUCAGGAGAGGCAGUCCAGCUGAAGAAGGAUCUCUCUGCAUGGUGAACUCCACUCUCAUCCUGCUUUCCCGUUCUCCCAUUUCCCUCUGCUCACUGGGGUGGUCUAGGAAAACCACCUGGGGAUUGUCUGGGGGCCUUUGGUUGCCAUUGUGGGGAAGAUUUAUUUUCUGAAGAGCUGAGGGACCCAGGGCUUGGAUUUGGAGGACACAGGGAUGGGAUUUGGAGGACACAGGGAUUUUCCUGCUCCCACUUCCCAGCAGAACACAUCGGUGUGUUGUUGCCUGGCAGGCUGGAAAAAGAACUUCCAUCAACCCUUAAAUCCAAGGAAUGUGUAUUAGCAAAGAAACCUCCCAGGGAGGUUUCUCCUUUUGCAUUCUUGGCAGGUAAAAACAAACAAAUCUUUUCUUUUAUAACCUGAAGGUUUUUGGUGUUCUGGUAAAGGAGUGUCCCACAGCUCCAAGGACAUUUUAUUCCAACUUGACAGCUGCAUCGGGGACUGAAAACCUCUCAAGUGUGGUGGUGUUUACCCUGAGAUGAUUUUCCUGUCACGGCUGCUUCACGCUCCUUUGCAAAUUCAUUGUUGUUUGCCACACAGCUCAAGUCCUUGGAGAGUUCCCUCCUUCCCCAGUUGCUUUGGAAGUUGGAAAAUGGAACAAAGCUGCUCUGAUGGCAGCAGUGCUUUUAUCAUCAAAAGUUUAUUUUUUCCCUCUGCUUUAUUUCACCCCUUUAUUUCCUUUAUUUUUAUGACAGUGUUGUCAUUAUUGGCUGGUUCUGGAGGGCUUUGCUUUCAUUUCCCUUCACCAUUUUCUUAGGCAAAAUAUGGGUUACAUUUCCGUGAGAAAAGGCUCCUGUGGUUUGGUCCAAUCGUCCAAGAAUUCCAAGUUCACCUCCAUGCAGUUCAAAGGCUCCUCCCUCUUCCCCCACCACCCAGGGAGGACAAAAAUAAAAAGAAGGGUUCAUUUACCAAUGAUCUCCUCCCAAAAAAUCAAAUUAAAUCUCAAACACCCCCCUGUGUGUGCUGCUGUCACUUCUGCUGGUGCCUUGCUUGUACACAAUGACGAAUGUACAGAUACACCCUGUAUAUGUUUGUACAUA